GGGGCCCGAGGGCCACGCGCAGGCCAGGAUGGUGGACAGCGUGUACCGCACCCGCUCCCUGGGGGUGGCGGCCGAGGGGCUCCCGGACCAGUACGCGGACGGGGAGGCCGCGCGGGUGUGGCAGCUGUACAUCGGGGACACCCGCGGCCGGACCGCAGAGUACAAGGCGUGGCUGCUGGGGCUGCUGCGCAAGCACGGCUGCCAGCGGGUGCUGGACGUGGCCUGUGGCACGGGAGUGGACUCUAUCAUGCUGGUGGAAGAGGGCUUCAGCGUGACAAGUGUGGAUGCCAGUGACAAGAUGCUGAAAUAUGCGCUUAAAGAGCGCUGGAACCGGAGGAAGGAGCCCGCCUUUGACAAGUGGGUCAUCGAAGAAGCCAACUGGUUGACUCUGGACAAAGAUGUGCCGGCGGGAGAUGGCUUUGAUGCCGUCAUCUGCCUCGGGAACAGUUUUGCUCACUUGCCAGACUCCAAAGGUGACCAGAGCGAGCACCGGCUGGCGCUAAAGAACAUUGCAAGCAUGGUGCGGCCCGGCGGCCUGCUGGUCAUUGACCACCGCAACUACGACCACAUCCUCAGCACGGGCUGUGCACCCCCAGGGAAGAACAUCUACUACAAGAGUGACCUCACCAAGGACAUCACAACGUCAGUGCUGGCCGUGAACAACAAAGCCCACAUGGUGACCCUGGACUACACCGUGCAGGUGCCCGGGGCUGGCAAAGAUGGCUCUCCCGGCUUCAGUAAGUUCCGGCUCUCUUACUACCCGCACUGUUUGGCGUCCUUCACGGAGCUGAUCCAAGCAGCCUUUGGGGGCAAGUGCCAGCACAGCGUCCUGGGUGACUUCAAGCCUUACAAGCCUGGCCAGACCUACAUUCCCUGCUAUUUCAUCCACGUGCUCAAGAAGACAGACUGAAAGUGGCCUUGGCACCCCCAAGACCCCGCCCAGGCAACGGAGGUCUCUGGGGUGGGAUUAACUCAUGUACCUACCCUAAGACCAUCCCCUAACACAGACACUGCAGCUGGGUGCAGGAUUGUGGGGUCAGGCAAACAGGGAGCCAAAAUAAAGUCUGUGCCUUUUUCAA